GGUCGGAGUGCGGCCGGCGGGGGCUCGGCGCAGCGCGGGGCCAUGUGGGCGGCGGCGGCGGCGCGGGGGCUCCGCGGGGCCCGGCUCAGCUCCUGGCUGCCCCAAAUAGUCCUGCUCCGAGAGAGUCACUGGCAGAGUUCAUUGCUGGAGUUCAGGACAUCCAUCCCUGUGAGAGCACAACCAAAGAAGAAAAAGAAAGUGGAUGUGAAGAAAGAGCAAGCACAGAAGGAGCGUAUGAAGAAAAAGCUUAAAAAGUUGGAAAAAGCUGCCCCAGAACUGAUUCCAAUUGAGGAUUUUAUAACACCACUUAAGUACUCAGAGAGCAACAGGGUGCGGAGUCUUCCCACUCUCUCUCCUGAAGAGACUGAAAGAAGAGUUUUGCUUUUGAAGAAGUGGUGUUUGUUUAAGCAGAAACAAGAUGAGGCAGAAAAGAAAGCAAUUAAGGCCCUCGUAGAAUCUCAGCAAGAGGCGCUGAAGGAAUUGCGCCUGGAAUCCGAGGAGCUGUAUGAGGCAGCAAUCCGGAGGGAUGAGGGCCUUUUCCCCUUCGAGAGGGAGGGACCCCGUUACACCCCUCCCCUUCCUGGCUAUGAUCCACCCGAAGGAAAGUGCAUUGACAUCACCAAGGUGUACACGCAGUGAUGGAGGAGCUCCUGCUCCAGUUGCCAAGGAGGUGCUCAGCCAACUUGAAGAAAGAAAGAUUGGAAUAAGAACAAACAAUUCUUCCUGCAGGUUACAACACUGCAAGAUGUGACUGUAAAAAAAUAAAUGAAGAACCUCUGUGUUUUA